GGUAGCAUGCGCGAACCCGUGAACACUCAUUCAUCACGAGCUGGAUACCUAAGCUGUUAGCUUAACGCGCUAAUCAGCUAUACGUGUUGGUUGUAAAUUGAUAAAUCGGUCGUAACCUCACGCGUAUAACCCUAUCUACUGAGUCGUAAUGCUAGUUUAUAAAUGUUUCUAGUUUCAACCGGACUUUCCUUGUUCUGGGAACUAACGUGACCGUCUAGUGUGAUGGGAGAUACACGGAGGUCAGACGAGCGGCGGACUGUCGACAGUAAUGUCCGAGAAACGAGCUUCCACUGCUGUUUGUUGACAUCACAGCACUGAUAAACUGAAAAAAUAAAUCAUGCCUGGGAAACUGAAGGCCAAAAUUGUGGCUGGGCGCCACUUGCCUGUGAUGGACAGAGCCAGUGACCUGACUGAUGCUUUUGUAGAGGUUAAGUUUGGAAACACAACUUUCAAAACCGAUGUCUGUCACAAAUCCCUAAAUCCACAGUGGAAUUCAGAAUGGUUCAAAUUUGAGGUUGAUGAUGAGGAUUUGCAGGAUGAGCCAUUGCAGGUCACAGUUUUGGACCACGAUACAUACAGUGCUAACGAUGCCAUAGGGAAAGUUUAUAUUGACAUUGACCCACUGCUGUGCAGUGAGGCUGCCUCUGUCAUCUCUGGAUGGUUUCCCAUCUAUGAUACAAUCCAUGGUAUCCGAGGGGAGAUCAAUGUCCUUGUCAAAGUUGAGCUUUUCAACGAUUUGAACCGCUUCAGACAGUCCUCCUGCGGGGUCAAGUUCUUCUGCACCACAUCCAUUCCACGGUGCUACAGGGCAGUGAUGGUGCACGGCUUUGUGGAGGAACUUGUGGUGAAUGAAGAUCCAGAGUACCAGUGGAUCGACCGUAUAAGAACUCCUCGGGCCUCCAAUGAGGCCCGGCAGAGGCUCAUCUCUCUUAUGUCUGGAGAGCUGCAGAGGAAAAUAGGGCUCAAGGUAUUGGAGAUGGGCGGGAAUGCAGUGGUGGGCUACUUGCAGUGUUUUGACUUGGAGGGAGAGUCGGGUCUGGUGGUCCGGGCCAUAGGUACUGCCUGCACACUGGACAAACUCAGCUCUGGGAGCGCCCCCAACACCAACACACACAUGCACCCGAACACAGCCCCUGCUUCCAAUGCCUGCAAUUCCCCUUCCAAGGAUGGAAAGGAGCCGGUAUUUGGUGAGGACCUGACCUCGUCCUCCGGCCCGCCAACCCCUUUCAGAGCCCUUCCCACCACCUCCUCCUCUCCUCCUCCCUUCUCUCCCUCCAAGCCAUGCAGCCGCCAGUCCUCAUCAUCAGACACAGACCUCAGUUUGACGCCCAAGACGGGUAUGGGCAGUGGGGGCAGCGUCGGGAAGGAGGCAGGGCCUCUGAAGACCCUGCUCAGACAGCAGACGCAGACGGCCCUAGAGCAGAGGGAGUUCCCCUUCUUUACUUUGACGUCUUUCCCACCUGGUUUUCUGGUUCAUGUUGGUGGAGUGGUCAGCGCUCGCUCUGUCAAACUACUGGACCGUAUACACAACCCUGAUGAGCCAGAGACUCGCGACGCCUGGUGGGAGGAGAUUCGCCAGGAGAUCAAAUCUCAUGCCAAAGCUCUUGGUUGCCAUGCUGUUGUGGGGUACAGUGAGAGCACUAGCAUCUGUGAGGAGGUGUGUAUCCUGUCAGCAUCGGGCACAGCAGCCAUUCUGAAUCCUCGGUAUAUGCGUGAAGGCUGCUUAGACAUUGGAAUUACCGACCACAGGUUUGAGGAGCCGUCUCCCCCGAGCUGUGGCUUCUGCCACAUUCCCUAUGAUGAGCUCAACAUGCCCUUUCCUGCCCAGCUCACCUACUGUUACCUCUGCAGGCGACAAAAGGUUCCUGAUGUGCUGUUCACAACAAUCGACCUGCCACCAGAAGCAGCUGUUACGGGAAAAGGCUGCCUUAUUCAGGCCAGACUGUGCCGUCUGAAAAAGAAGGCUCAGGGUGAAGUGAAUGCCACGGCCAUCUCCAACCUGCUGCCUUUCAUGGAGUACGAGCUGCACACUCAGCUGAUGAACAAGCUGAAGCUGCGGAGCAUGAACUCUUUGUUUGGCUUACACAUACAGAUCAGUGUCGGAGAGAACAUGCUUCUGGGUCUGGCUUCUGCUACAGGAGUGUACCUGACAGCCCUGCCAGCACCAGGGGGCAUCCAGAUUGCGGGGAAGACUCCUGGUGAACUAAGCAAUGAGCACCACAUCCUCACCAUCCAGAAAAGGAUCAAUGAUACCAUAGCCAAGAACAAAGAGCUCUAUCAAAUAAACCCUCCGAAAUUAUUUGCCCUGGACCCUGAGGUAUUCUGCGGCAUAAACAUGGAGCUGACAGAGGAAGUUGUGGGUUCUCCGAUUCCUGAGCCAAGGCAACGAUCCAGACUUUUCCGCUCCCACUCAGAAAGCUCAGAUGAAGUGUCAGAACUGGACCUCUCCCAUGGCAAGAAGGAUGCCUUUGUCCUGGAGAUUGAUGACACUGAUGCUGUGGAGGACAUCCACUCCCUCCUCACUGAUGCCCCUACCCCCACAGGUUUCUACAGCUGCAACACUGAGAUCAUGCCUGGGAUUAACAACUGGACUUCAGGAGUUCAGAUGUUUACAUCUGUGAGGGUCUUUAGGUUGAGUAAUGCCAAUCUUACUAACCAAGGCUUGAACAAGAUCUUCACUGACCUAUGUGAGAAUCUGCUGAAGAGUUUUUACUUCAAGUUGCGCUCUAUGAUCCCCUGCUGUCUGUGUCAGCUCAACUUCACUGUAGCAGUGCCAGAGGAAGAACUCAUACAGGUUACAGUGACAGCGGUUGCCAUGACGUUUGACAAAGACCAGACUCAGGAGAAGACCGCAGACAAGCCACCCACCAAAGGAGGCAGUGAGACUGAAGAGCAGCUGCAGUUUCCCCUGGAGUUAUGUGCAGACUCGUCAUCUGCCAACUGUCAACCAACAUCCAAAAUCUCAGGUGUCCCAGAAAGUACCAACGUCUCAUCCAGAGCUGCCUCCGUUGAUUACGGUUCCUUUGCAGACAGAUGCAGCACCUGGCUAGAGCUGCUUAGGCUGAAAGCUCACACCAUGAGACGUGGAUCAGUUAAGACAAGUAGGAGGACACAGUCUCUAGCACACUCUGUCUCAUCUUUGGAGCGGUGCAGUCCGCUGCCUGAGGGACGUUCACGGUCGCUGCGAUCCAGUCGCUCUUUUGGGGGAAGUUCAGUCACGGUGGUGAAGAUGACGCCGCUCUCCUUCCUACCCGGGACACGCAUCAUUAAAUACCUCGGGAUCAUCAACAUGUUUUUUAUCAGAGAGACAACAUCGUUACGGGAGGAAGGAGGUGUCAGUGGCUUCCUCCAUACAUUCAUAGCAGAGGUGUUUUCGAUGGUUCGAGCCCAUGUAGCAGCACUGGGUGGCAAUGCAGUGGUGUCUUACAGUAUGAAAGAGUGUAUGUUAAUGGAAAAUCCAAACAAGAACCAGGCUCAGUGUCUCAUUAAUGUGAGUGGUGAUGCCGUCAUCUGUGUCAGAGAAACAGACCAGGAGCCCACUCCCUCAACGACAAAUAUCGGACACACCAGCGCUAGUGCCACAGAUGAGGCUACUUGACAGUGAAACACAGAGCCUCACUUUGUCUGCUGGACACACAAUCUGAGUGAACACGCUCUAGUCUUGUCGUCCAAAUAUGAGUUAUUUAUGCCUGCCCUCUAAUAGAUCCACAGGUUUGGACAAAGGUAAUAAAGAACAAGUACUCACACACACUCAGAAAGAUGCAGUCUGGAUUAAUAUGGUAGUGCAUGAUGUUUCUUUGUGUUUAAAGAAAACAUUUGUGCAGAAGAUACUGAUAUAGCUCCUUGGGAAUUAGUUAAUCUGGGUGUUUCAAAACAACAGCCAAAGAACCCCUCUGCAUCUAACUUUUGUAUAUGUAUUACAUCCGUCCACAAUGGGGUCACCUAAAGCUACAGUAUGUUGUUCAUUCCUUUGUGUGUGGGCACGAGUGCGGCAGCUGAGACUAAUUUGUGUAUCUAUGGCUCAAAGGAGGAGUCAUUAAA